UUACGCCUUAUAAGAUUUUGGGGACAACUUUAAUUUUGGGGCUUCUCUAGGUAGAAGUGCAUCAAUUUGGUUCAGUCUUGUGACAAAAAUCGAGACAAACGAUCAACUCAACAAAAUAACCUUCCUGUAGCUCAUGCGUUCCCUUCGUUCUUCAUCUUCUACAGAACUCGAACUAGGACGAGAAGAUCAAAGUCCAGGCAAUCUGUUUUCUCCAUCCGAGGUACAUCAUUUUAUCCUGGCACAGCUAGCGUAUCUCGACAGCCAUGAAAUGGCCAAAGCAAAUAACCCCCGGUUAUGUGGCUCAAAUGAUAAGGGCGGAAAAAAACGUGGGGAAAGCUCUGGGCAUCUUCAACUCUGCAAUAGGCGAAUACCCAAAUGGAUUUAAGCACAACGAGGACACUUUCGGCCUCAUGAUUGGCAGGCUCGCCGCUGCAGGCCAGUUUAUAGAAGCAGAAUCGCUCCUAAUCAAAAUGACCAUCGAAAAGGUACGCUGCCCAGAAGACAUAUUCGUUACGAUGUGCAGGGCAUAUGGAAAAGCACAUCGACCCUUCGAAGCCCUCAGAACUUUUCACAGAAUGAAAGAUUUCGAGUGUAAACCUACUGUGAAAUCCUACGCGGUCAUAUUUGCAAUCUUGGUUAGGGAAAACCAUCUUAAACUGGCCUUUAAAUUCUACGACCACAUGAAAAAAGUGGGCAUUGGACUAAAUAUCUACACCUACAAUAUUCUGCUGAAGGCACUCUGCCAAAAACCUAGCACCCUAGACAGGGCAAUUAAGGUAUUUAGGGAAAUGCCUGAGAAGGGUUUCGUGCCUGAUGCAUUUUCUUACAAUAUCAUAAUUGAUGGUCUCUGUAAGAAUAACAGAGUAGCUGAGGCAGCGGAGCUUGUUAAAGAGAUGGACGGUCGUAGCUGUGCCCCAGAUGUGGUCACUUAUUCCACCCUAAUACAUGGGGUAUCAAGUUUGGGUAAUGUGGAUGGUGCACUAGAGCUGCUGCAACACAUGCUCGCCAACAAUGUCAGUCCAAAUGUUGUCACUUAUACAUCAGUCAUGACCGCCCUCUGCAACGCUGGGAGGUCUUUGGAAGCCUUAGAGUUUCUGAGGCAAAUGAAGAGUAAAGGGGAGAAGCCUAAUAUGCAUAGUUUUACUACUUUGAUUCAUGGAUUUUGCAUGGAAGGGAAAAUUCAGGACGCGCAAAAUAUUUUUGAUCAGAUGAAGCUUAGGGGCUGGAAGCCGGAUGCACCAUUGUAUGGGAAGCUUAUAGCUGGUCUGUGUGCUGAGAGUAGGUCAGAAGAUGCUGCCAGUCUUUUGGAUGAGAUGGCUCUGAAUGAUGUUGUGCCAAACAGGGCCACCAAGCAUAUUCAUGAGAAUAUGCAUAACGUUGUUGUCCAGGGACUUUGUAAGGAAGGGGGUAGACAGAAUAAGGCUUUCCAGGUUUAUUUGAAUAUGGUAAAUAGUGGCAUUUGUCCUAGUUUCGAGACCUUGAAUUUGAUGGUAGAUAGAUUUUGUAAGAGGGGUGAUGUGGACAAGGUUGAUCGAAUUCUUCGUGACAUCUUGGCUAAUGGCUUUCUUCCAAAUAGUUUUACAUGGGCUGCUAUAGUACGAGCGUUCUGGAAGAAAGGAAAUGUGAGAGAAACAGCCUUCUUGCUUCAAGAUGAGCUCACACAUCAAAUUCUGUAGCUUUUCAACCCGGUACACUUAUACAGACUGCAGCAGGAAGAGGCUGGGCGUAAGUCACAGGCGAAGUUGGUGGAAGAGAGUCUGCAUCAGAUGAUGGGGUUUCUAAGCCUAACUGGGAUAGAAAGCUCGGUGGUGCAUUCUUGGUACACAGGUUAGUGUUAAAGUUUACUGAGCAAAAAAAUUCAACUGUUAUGAGUGAAAGUAGCCAAGUUUUUUUAGAUCUCUCAAAAACAGUAUAUCUGUAGAGACACCUAGUCAGCGGGCAUGCGUAGACUACUACGUAGAUGACUGGUUGCUCUUCUUUGAACUGUUUAAAAUGGUACGAUCAUGAUUAGCCGAUAGGCUGCAUAUAGUGUGAGGUUUCAGCUGAAACCUGUCUCACGCCUCCAAACCUGUCUUUUUGCCCGAUAAACUGCGUAGAAAACAAGCUCCAAACAAUUAGAAAUUCCGGUAAAAAACAUUUUCAGUGGUGAUAGAUCGGAUUGUUAUGCUUGCAGUAAAGGCAGUAUCGCUGGAUUUGAUUCAUUGAUAGCUGUCAUUUAUUAUUUCAGGCUCAGAAAUCUAAAUCAAUCAAUGCUGAAUUCAUCACCAUCGAUCACUGGCCAGAUAUUUAGUGUGACAAACCUCUGGGCAUUCACAUCCAAAACUUUCCAAAAAUUCUUAUCAUUCUUGUCAAUCUCCUCCUUGUUUUGGGAAAGACCCAUCAUGGGAGCAUGGGAGCCACCGCCAUCUGAAAUAACAAAGCAAAGCUGGAGGACUGAAGUUCUUUAGAGUUCCAUCCGCUACUCUAUCAGAGCCCUCUCUAUUAAGCUCUUGCCCAACGGAUCAGAAGAUCCAGAUAUGUGUGUUAAAUCUAUGGGAACAGAGAUUCGUCUGCAUCAUUUUUUCACAACUUAAGCAAGGAAUGCCAAUAUGCAAAACCUUAUUAUCAGCACAUCAUGAAUACAAUCAUUGAGAUGAAUAAUUUCUUCUUCCACUCACUUGUUCCCCUGCCUGAAAAACACUUUUGUUGGUGCAACAUGUUCAUGGUGCCGUGAUGCUAUCGAAGGUAAACAAUUAUUUGUAAUUCCUUCAGGUUGUGUUUGGAUGCCCAUCACAGUUUCUCUUGUCCAUCAGCAGUUAAGUUCCAUUUUGAUGAAUAAGGAUGUAUUAUUUAUUUUUUAAAAGAAUAUAAACUUAAAAUCACUACUUUCUCACCACUUUAUCUGCACCCUUUUGCUUCAUAAGAUGAACUAUUUUUAAUUUAUGCAGCAUUUAUCUUGACUAUCAUACUUCUGUGCUAGAAAACUAUCUUCAGUUUGUUGUUAAAGAUCUACAAAAUGCCUCUAUAGAGACUGGUUGUGUAACAUAUCAAUUGAUAGAGGAAUUCCUCUUAUGCGACUACCAUGAGGCAAAGAAGACGACAAAGAUAUUGAUAUAUCCAAGAGAGUAUGCUUGAUAAUACUC